AUGUCCACCACCCCUACACCUCCGCAAACAAUCAUCGAACGUCUCCAACAAUGGGGUGCCUGCGAUGUAGCAGACGGUCUCUCAAAGCUCAACCACCCCAACGGCGGCUUCCUCGAAGGAUUAACCCUAUAUUCGCCGGACUUCCAAUCCGGAGAAACGAAGCUCAUCGGCCAGGCCUUCACGGUGAAACUUGUCCCGAAGUCAGACGUCACGGCGCCGAAGUUGAAGGGGAAUUAUAUUGAUAUGGUCCCCCCAUCUAGCGUGGUCUUCAUCUCGCAGCCCCCUCCCCAGGUAAACGCCGUCUACGGAGGCCUAAUGACUCUCCGGGCCCAGAAACUCGGUGCCGCGGGGGUAAUCAUCGAUGGCCGGGUGCGUGAUCUAGGUGAGCAUCGGGCGGCGGGGUUUCAACUGUUCGCAAAAUCCAUCGGCACAACCGCCGGCGGUUCCGUAUGUCGCCCAUCCGAAAUAAACGUCCCCGUGCGCCUGAACUCCCACGAUCAACCGAACGCGUGGAUCCGGCCGGGCGAUUACCUGAUCGGCGACCUGAAUGGCGUAGUGUGUCUGCCGCAGGAGAUGGCGGAGGAGGUCCUGGAUUUGAUUCCGGGGAUUGCGGAGGCGGAUGAGAAGUGUGCGGAGGGGAUCCGGGCCGGGAGGAGUGUGGAGGAGGUGUUUAGGGAGUUUCGAGGGAGAUAA